UUUUUUUUUUCUUUUUCUUAUUUUCUAAAAUUACUUCAAUUAUGACUCGCUCAAUUACACCUCCACCUGAACAUAUCAAUGAAGAAUUCACAGAUUUCUCCAAGAAAUCAAGACACGGCCAUGGCCAAGAUGUCGUGGAUCACAACAAUAUUCGACAAGUUGCCGGAUGUAUACCAUUGGACUUAAAAAACGAACGGGUAUUGCUUAUCACUAGCAGAAAAAACAAAAAUGCCUGGGUUUUGCCUAAAGGUGGUUGGGAACAAGAUGAAACUCAAAAGCAUGCUGCCCAACGUGAAACAUGGGAAGAAGCAGGCAUCAAAGGCACCAUUACAAGAGACCUGGGUGUCUUUGAAGAACGCACAAAUAAAAAGAGACAUUUGAAAGCCCAUCAUUGGAUUUUUGAAAUGCAAAUCGAUGAAGUCGCUAAAAAAUUCCCGGAAAAGAAGAAGCGUGAAAGACGAUGGUUCUCAUUCGAAGAAUCCUUGAUCGCUACACAAGACCAUCGUUACAUUCAACAAGCAAUCAUUCAAUCUAGCUUAAACCCAGCUAGAAGGUCCCCGCCUUCACCAAGAUACUCAAUUGAAGAUACAGUAAAACCACAAACUCCCGAAAAAACUCAACAAACAAGUUUGCCAUCGCCCCCGCAAUCGGAUAUUGUACGUAAAAAGUCAAUCAUCAAGAGCAUCAAGUCCAUUUUUCAAUAAUUUUUUUUUCUUAAUACACUGUGUACAUAUAAUAUUUUCUCUUAUUACGAAUAAACCAUAAAGAAGCUCUAUAUUCCUAUCGUAACAACAUACAUGUUCUUGUUUCCUCAAUGUUAAUUUGCUCCCCAGAUUUAUGUACAAAUGUAUACUUAUGCAUAAAACCCUGCCAUUGCAAGUAAACAUGGCAGAAACUAUAAACAUUAUUGGUCGAUUUAGUUCUUACAGAUACGGAAAAAACUUGUUGAUGGCGCCAAUCAUAACAUACAGAUAGUUUUAAAAUAAAUACGUAAUGCAAAGGCGGGGUCAGCGUAGUGUUAACCCUAAAAACUUAAUCCUUGUCGUGUAGCACAGGUCCAGAGUAAAAGCGUUUGAACUAGUUUACAUCAUUUUGGAUUAUAUGCUGCAGUGACUUUUAAUUAUAUUAAAAAAAACUUUAAAAAAAAACUAUGCUGCAAAAUAAAAAUAAAAAUAUAUAGUUUGAAGCCUCGAG